AUUGGAAACUGCUCAAUGCGCUGAAAAUAGACUCUUUGAAUCGUCGGUCCAUUUAAAAGCGCGCGCGUGCUUGUGUAGUCUACAUGAUGCUCAGGACAGUCGGUGUUAUCUCUGCGGUCAGCUCAGCUCCGACGUCAGCUAGCCUACUGUCAUUUAAAACAUUCUGCCUGUCGCUGUACAUUGCGCUGAACCAGAUGAAUAAAAUCCCCGGAAUCCACAUGCUAGCCACCUGCCUAUUAGUCGUUGCUGUUUCAUCCUGGUACAGCAGCGAGCUUCUGACAGCACUCGGUCUGUUUAUUUCAGCCCUCGGCGGGGACAUGCCGGAACCCGAAGGGAAUCGUCUGUCACCGCAAGGUGUCCCUUACACCGACCUGCCGCACAUCGUCAACGCCGACGGACUGCACCUGUUCUGCCGUUACUGGGAGCCCGACAGUCAGCCAAAGGCGCUGGUGUUUGUUGCCCAUGGAGCGGGAGAGCAUAGUGGUGGUUAUGCUGACAUUGCUCACAGCCUGACCCAGCAUGGUAUUCUGGUGUUCGCCCACGAUCACGUUGGUCAUGGCCAGAGUGAAGGUGAGAGGAUGGCUAUCAAAAACUUUCAGAUUUACAUCAGAGAUGCCCUCCAGCACAUUGACAUCAUGAAGGGCCGCUACCCCAAUCUGCCAGUGUUCAUAAUCGGACACUCAAUGGGAGGGGCCAUUUCCAUUCUGACCGCAUGUGAGAGGCCGCAGGAUUUUCCAGGUGUAGUUCUCAUAGGCCCCAUGGUUCAGAUGAAUGCUGAAUCUGCUACACCUUUCAAGGUUUUCAUGGCAAAAAUUCUAAACCGCUUGAUUCCCAAACUCUCUCUUGGUUCGAUCGAAUCAAAAUGGGUCUCAAGGGAUCCCAAACAGGUGGAGGCAUAUGACACAGAUGAGCUAAAUUAUCACGGAGGUCUGCGCGUCUCGUUCGGAAUGCAGCUGAUGGAUGCAGCGGCUCGUAUCAAGAGAGAAUUACCCAACAUUACAUGGCCCUUCUUCAUUCUCCACGGCGAUGCCGACAAGCUUUGUGACAUCGGAGGCUCUCAUCUACUGUAUAAUGAGGCCAAGACCACUGAUAAAAAACUAAAGGUGUAUGAAAAAGCCUACCAUGCCCUACACCACGACUUACCUGAAACAGUUGAGUCUGUCUUAAAAGAGGUGAGCACUUGGAUCCUGGAGAGACUUCCCAGCCCUCAUUAGUCUUAGCUGUCAAUCACUGCAUCCACAGUUGCCUAAGCCCCACCCUCUACCCAAUCUUCCAUCUCUAUGACAAAGAGAUGUCUGACUGCACUACAUGCCAACAAAACUACCCCAUUCUAAUUUACCUAAAUGAUAGAGGUCAUUAGUAAGUGACCUUUGACCUAGAGGUCCAGUUAAGCUUUAAUAUGCCCAGUAAGGGUUCUGUGGGAGUUUAUUCUGCCUGAACAGCAGUCAUUACUAUGUUCCUGUGGCUCAGUGGCAGAGCAUUGUGUUAGCAGCGCAAAAGAUCAUGGGCAACACACACAUACUGGUAAAAAAAAAUAAAAAUGAUAGCCUGAAUGCACUGUAAGUUGCUUUGGAUAAAAGCGUCUGCUAAAUGCGUAAAUGUAAAUGGAAUAUAAUGCACCUGGGUGCUGAGCUCUUUUGUGUUGCCACGGUAAUAGAAUGCAGCUGCAAUUUGCUCUUUGUGAUGUCCACUUCCCAUAAGAGAUACAGUGCUGCCCCCGCUGGACAAAAGCAGUACUGCAUUCUGCUGUCAGCACAGUUGCCAAGGAUACUCAGUCUUAUAUUGCUUAUGGCUUGGCAGAAAAACAAACUGACCCUAUACAGUAUGAAAAUACAUUUACAUUUAGUCAUUUAGCAGAUGCUUUAAUCCAAAGCGAUUUACAAAUGAGGAGAAUGGAAGCAAUCAAAAUCAACAAGAGAGCAAUGGAAUGCAAGCUUUGAGACAUUCAGAGAGCAAAAUGUCUGCUGGGCGAAUUUAACAUUGGACUUGAAGAGAUAAAUAAGAUGAUCUCUACAGACACAUCUAUGCAGGAGAUCCCACAGAUUCCCAUAUAUACACUACAAUAAGAAUUGGAAAGGUUUUUUGUCUGUUCUAAAUGUCUUUUUGUGGGUUUGACUGUUUCAAACACCUCGGACUGCUCCAUUCUUUGGAGUAAAUUGGGAAGUGACUGUUCUGCAGCUGGAUUUACUUAAUGUGAAACCUAUUUACAGCUGUUUCUUUCUUAUGGGCUAAGGAAAUUUUAAUAUCUUUAGUAUUUUAUCUUUACAAGCAUUUAGUUACUUUGACUGCUUUAUUAAUAAUAAAUAUGUUACUGUUGAAAUUGUAAUAUGUUCACAGUAGCUUUUGACCUCGUUGUAGACCUCAGGGUGCGCAUGGGGUUUGUAGCUCUAAAGCAACAUGAAAUUGUAAAAGGUCGGUCGUUCACACCAGCUUAACAUUUUAAUGCGACUGUUUUGAUUCAGACAAAGGAGAGUUUUGUUGAGAUUCGUCUGUAAUCCUUCAAGGCAUUUUAUCAAUGAAUGUAGAUCGGUGAAGGUUUUACGGAAUGUGGCAUAUUUUUUUAAUGGAAGCAACAAGCAAAAACUUUGUCUAGCUUAAUUUUUUAGACUGUCAUAGAGCUCUCAGAAUUAGAUCAGUCAGUAAUAAUACUGCUAUGUGUGAUGUGAGCAGAAUGAAAUGUCCAGCACAAGAUUGUAAAUAGUGUGCAUGUAUGUUGAGAGAAUAUGUAGAGAGUAACUAUAGUUUGACUUAUUUUAUUAAAUAUAUUGUCUCUGUCAUUUGAAAUGAAUCAUGUGUACAUGGAAUCUAUGUAACACAUCUUAUGAGAAAUUGUAGAAUAACUAAAUCAUUAUCAGCGAUAAUCCUCUGUGACUUUGACUGUUUCUGUAACUGUUAUAAAAUCUUCCUAAAGUGGAAGUACUAGGAGCACUGUGAUUGGAGGAGUGGCUAAUAUUCUCAAGGACAUUAUCUUUACAUUGGGCAAUAAAGAAUGAUUCAUUUGGAUUAGAAUUGUCCAUCUGAGUUGCUCAACCAUGGCAUCAAAAAUCCUCUCCUACAGUUGCACUGUCCUAGUGAAUGGCACAUUUAAU